AUGCACGUUUCGCCCGACAAAGCAUACGUCCCGGUCGACAUCAACGCGCGGCCUCGGCUGGAUCCGCGUUCUCGCCAAUCUCGCGCCGUUAUCAAGAAGUAUGGCACCCGCGCCAUCAACUGGCUCAAGUGUGUUGGCGCCUGGAGCCAGAUCCUCGACUGCUCGUUCAGGCUCAUCAACUGCUCUACCUAUGGCUCGGCUCCGUAG